UAGACCCCGCGAGACACCCGCCAAUCGGUCUAAUGGCAUAAAAGGCUUUCUUUUUAAAUUAAGCUUUUUAUUGUUGUUGUUGUUGUUAUUAUUAUUAAUUUACUAUCGUGAAAUAAAUACAUAUAAGAGAGUAAGAGACCAGAAAAGUAAUUAUAUUUUCCCAAAAAGCCAAAUUCCAAUUAGCUUAUCAAAUGCCAUUAACAAUUAACAUUGAGCGAUAUCAUUUGCGAAAUCAAAUUCUAAGCGUUCGGCGAUUUGCAUAUCGCAGUUACAGAUGCAUUGGAUCUUUGUGCCCAAAUCCAUGAAGACCAUAAGCCAAGGUAUGUUAGUAAGGCGUGUUGGCUAUUGGGCAUGCGGAUUGCUUUGUCCAUCAAUCCAAAGAGUGGAGAUAACCAGCUGCAAUCCACUGCAUGCACACGUUCGUCAAUGAAAGUAUCAUCUCACUCCUCUACUUGAACAUUUGCACAUGUUGGCAUACAAUAUUCUAAGAGGUACUAAGAGGUACAUGUCAAUUUCUGCCCUUGGUCACAUGACUGGCGCUCUCUGGAAUGGAUGGAGAUGGAUCUCCACGUCAGCUCACGUCUCAAAAUCUCAGCUCCGCGGAACUGCUUCAAAGCCACUGAAGCUGAAGCAGUCCUGUACAACGAUGCGAGGCAGUACUAUGGAUGUGGCGUGCCCAACCAAGUGUCAUAAUGGAUUUUGAUGAGCGGGUACCCGUUGGGUCUAACAUGUAUCUGCCCAGCUGUACUUAUUACGUGUCUGGAACGGAAUUCUCCAGUCUUCCUCCUUUUCUGCCCCAGACCCCGUCUUCAUGCCCCAUGACAUACUCAUACUCCACGACCAAUUUGCCACAGGUUCAGACCGUUAGAGAGGUCUCUUUCAGGGACUAUGCCAUUGACACGUCCAGCAAGUGGCACUCCAGGGGCAAUCUGCCACACUGCUACACGACAGAAGACAUGGUGCACAGGGACUGCCUGUCGAAUCCUGGAACUUUGGGGGACAUGUUAUCGAAAAACAACUCGGUUCUUUACCACUCUAACACGAGCCACACACCCAACAUGUUUGGCAGCGUAGGGAGGAACGGAGUGCUGCCCCAAGCAUUCGAUCAGUUUUUCGAGUCAGCCUACGGGAACGUGGAAAAUCAGUCGAGCGAUCAUCCGGUGGACCGGGCAACCAGCAAAGCGCCUCCGCCCGCUGAUUCAGGGAGCGACAGUUGUCGGGGAACGGAUGAAACCGAGCGGUGCGAAGAGACGAGCAGCCCCGAGUCAUCUUCCGGUAACAACGAACAGAAAUUCAGCAACAGCAACAGCACCGGUCAGAAGACACGGAAAAAGAGGUGCCCUUACACCAAGUAUCAGAUCAGAGAGCUGGAGAGAGAAUUUUUCUUCAGUGUUUACAUUAACAAAGAAAAAAGGCUACAGCUUUCCAGAAUGCUCAACCUCACCGACCGUCAAGUCAAAAUAUGGUUUCAAAACAGAAGGAUGAAAGAAAAGAAACUAAACAGAGACCGUUUGCAGUAUUACACCACGAACACUCUGCUUUAGACUGUCGGGAAAUCGUUUAUGAGAGAUGGUUCAUUUCAAGUUCGUCGAUGCACAUCCCGGCAGGCUUCUACGGGACGAGCUGUGACCUUCAUUCCUCUGACAGACUUUUUCAUCGAUAUGAACAUAAAUUAAUAUUCAAUAUAAUCGUUACCAUUUGAAAUUAAGAUACAUUUGUUGUUGUUGUUAUUAUAGUAUGGUCAUUAGAUCUCCAUUGUAUUAAGUGUUACAGGGUUUAUUAUUAUUAUUAUUAAUUUUAUUAUUAUUAUUAUUAUUUUCUGACCAAGAUCUGUAACGUUUACGCAUAUGUGUCAUAUAGCAUAUAAGUAAGCGCUAAGUAUUCUUACAUCUAUUUGGGUGGCAAAAUGUUGUGGCGAGACAAAUACUAUAGGCUAGAAGGUGAAUUUUAAACUACCAAUACUGUUUCUUAUAUGUGGUUUAUAUUAUUAGUCUAUUCUUAAUUUUGUAUUUUUUUCGUGUUUUAGUAAAUAUCGCACCCUUCAUUAGUAUACGCCUUUAUGCUUACUGGGGACUAGACGCGUCUUACGCGCUAAAUUCUCGUAUACUUGAAUUGUGUGAACUUUCAAUGGGUGUAUAUUUGGUAUUCGGCCUCUUUACUGUACUGCGCAUACUCUAGUAAAAUCGACAUUUGCUUAUAGAAAUGUCGUCGAAAUCAAAGAUAUUCCUAUUUAUUUUGUGUGAGACAAUUAAGGUUCUAGAGAACGUUUAAGGCAAAUGCAAUAACUGAACCUGCAUGGACAGUACUUGAGAGCUGAGACCUCUAAAAACCCCAAUCAAAAUCAUAUUUUCUACUUGAGUUCUUUGACUCUCCACAUUUUCUGUUGAGACCUUAUAUUGAUGUUGCAGGAGCUCAUUCAUAAUAUCUCGUGUUUAUAACAUUUCUUCAGUGUUAUA